AUGUCCAACCAGGAGACUCAGUCAUUUGAGGACGAAGUGGCACUUGUACGAUGUCUUCCCGAGUUAAACAACCUUCGUAUGACAGGCGAACUGACCGAUGUGACUAUAGAGGUAAGUUUAUAAAUUAACUUUACUGUUCUUUACUCAUUUCAAGCUACAGGACAACGUGUCGUUGCAUGUACACAGGUUGGUUUUGGUCUGCAGAGUACCCCCCCUACGUGAAUCCUUAUGUACAAUGCAUACGCAAAAAAAGACUGUUCUUCAGUGGCCAAAGGUUUCCUCAGAGUAAUCACUUGUGGUUUAUUACGACUACCGCGCAGAGUCGCUAAACCACUAAUCGACUAUGUGUACACGGGCCAGCUGGAAGUCAAUGAAGCCAAUGCUACUGGUCUGAUUGUUCUGUCGCAACAACUCGUAAUGCCUCAGGUGGAAGAGUGGCGGUGAGUUUUUUGGCCGCCAGGUAGGUGUUAUCGAGCACUUAUGAACUCCCAGGUUCAACUCCGAAAACAUUAAAAAAUACUGGGACCUCGCAGAGUUGCUUAAGAGCGAACAGCUAAUGAAAGCCUGUCUUCAGCACAUAAAAACAAACUUUGAGGCCACGGUUGCGAGCGACUUCUUCAUCCAGCUGCCAGCUGACACUGUCUUGUCCAUACUGCGGGCUGAUGACCUCAUAGUGGGCAGUGAGGAGAGCGUCUUCAAUUCAAUCGGACGUUGGGUAAGUUCAUCUGGCGAAGUUGAAGAGAAUCGACUGGUGCACGUGGAAGCCAUGCUUCGGGAAGUGCGAUGGAACCAAGUUGACGCCGACUUCAGAUCCAGACUGUUAAAUGAAGAAGGCUUUUGGAAUAAAACUAUGGAAUGUUUGUAG